UUGAACUUGUGUGUUUGAUCUGAAGUAGUUUAUAUGCUUUUGAAGUUUGAAGUAGUCAUGUUGCAUCAUCGAUGGUUGCAGGCAAUUGCAGCUGUGUUUCCACACACUUGCAAGCAUGGCUGCACCGUUGUGGAAGAAACCGUGUAUCUGGACAAAGGUGUCAAGUUUCACCCUUGACAGCGUGCAGAUGCCGAGACGCUUCACGGGCAAGCUUUUCCAGUUUCUGUUCACACACUUGGAGCUGGGCACAUUUGGCGAGCGGCUUCGCUGGCUCGACAGGGAAUCGGGAAUCUUCCAGCUACUCUGGAAGCAUGGCAAUGGCUCAACCGUAACACCUGAGGAGGACUUCGCCCUGUUCUUGGCCUGGCACAGAGUAAAGGCGAGACGAAAGCCAUGUGAUGGAACGGGGGCGAAGCAGAGGUUUCGUGCCGCGACAUCAAAAAUGCGUUUGGAACUGGUGAAAAACUGGCAAGGCAUCUCUCCUGAAAAGAACUUCCAGUUCCGGCGGUUCCCAAAGGACGACUUAGAAUUAAAAACCAGGACACCUGUGCAUGCCAUGCGUAACACUGAUUGCUGGGAAGUGCCUUUUUGCAGAAAUAAAUAUGAGUACUUGUUCAAGCACAUUGACUUGGAUCAGGAGGUACCAGGAUUCAAGAGGCACUUAAACCUCGACUCAAUGCCACUUUCGCCAAACAUGGCAGACACGCCAGACUCGAGUCCGAGUCCUCCACAGUCGGCUUCGAAUCCCCAAAACACAAGGCCAAGCUCUCCAGGCGCAACGCUUGUGCCUUCAGGCGUGGUGGUGAAGAUUGAGCCACCAGAUGAUCCACCCGAUGAUCCACCUGAUGAUGUGUUUGAUGAUAUGCCCGAUUAUCUGCCCAAACAUGCAUUCAAGGACCACGUGCCCGGUGUGCCUCACUCCGAUCCUUCAUCUGCUUUUCAACAGAGCAAUCAUAUGCAAGGAAGAACGAGAAUGGUACUGAGUCCGGAAGGAGGCUGGCUACAAGGCUUUUCAUGGGGAACGACAGCUCUUCACCACAGGCUGCACCACUAUCUUUUGCUGAUACUGGAGCUGCAGAAGACGAUGCUUCUGGCAUACCAGAUAUGGGGGAUGCUUAACCGAAUUGACGAGGAAAGAUCUCGAAAUGUGAAACGGGUAUUGCUUGUCGAAUACUUUGUGCAACAAAUUUCCUAGAGCUUUCUUACGCGAUACUCUUGAAGUUAAACUGACAUGCAAGUAUGAAAAAAAACUAAAAAUUGUAUAAGGGGGGGGGACAGUGCUGUAGUGAUAGCACACAUGCUGUAUUUUCAAGACUGUUUGUAUGUAGGGAGAACUUGCAGAACAGCAAAGGCACAGGGGCACAAUCCGCAUUAUCUCAACACAAGUGCACUUAGGUGUCAUUUGUUACUAUUUAUCGUGUACCUGUUUCUUGGCUGUACUUCAAGCUUUCUCAGGAAUAGAUUACCAAUGUGCCCAGGCCUAAAACUUGUCGAUACUUUGUCCUUUCCUCUUCAGUUUGCUUUCUAGAGGUGAGUGUUAGGCAUAACUAGCCGAGUUAUUUGCCAACUAUGCUUGGAAUUCUAGGAAUGAAUGACAGAUGAAACAUAUGUACUGUACAGUGCGGUCUUUUGGUAACAAUAAUCACAUGCCAGAAAAUUUCAUCAUUAUAGCCGACUAUUGUUACACAGGGUGUUACAGCAAUGAAUGUCUGAUUAUUAAUAGAAAGGGAUUCGAGACAAAAGGAUAAUUUUUGCUGGCCAAGA